UUGCAUACUUUUGGCCGCUUUUUGACAGCCCAACAACGGGCAAAAGGGGACAAAGUGGGCCCCGCACAAAACAUCAAAUUGCAUUCGCGGCCAAAGGGGCCAGAAAAGCCGAAAAAUCAACCCAACCACUUCUUACUACCGCGUUUACUUUCCAUCAGCAUAAUGCACAAAAGAGCAACAGGAAGGGGGAGUGGGCGAAGCGAUCACUUAAAAUGCAAUGAACAAAUUAAUAAACAACAAAAAUAACAGCGUGUCACCAGUUUAAUUGCCCAAAGAGGAUAGCACACACACACACACCCACACGACACACACACAUAUUUCGUACACCUAAGGGCAAAAUAAUAGUGGUGGUGGUAAAAAACUAAAGAAAACUUUUCUAUAAAUUGAACUAUAAGUAAAGCUGCCAUUUCACUUAAGAUAUCUUCAAAAUCUUCUUUUAAGACUUUCUCUUUCUGGUAUUCAGAGUCCUUAACUUACUCUAACAAAGUCAUAAAACUAUUAUUUUGUUGUCUACUGUAUAUCUACUCCAACUCUAUCUCCCUUCCCCCCUUAGCAAUGCUUUCAAAUUUAGUUUUUGGCGCGCUUUUUUCUAUGUUUUUGGAUGCUUUGGCUUCUUUCGGUUCGCCUUCCUUCUUUUUUUUUUUGUUUUUUGCUAUUGUUUUUGUUGUGUUUUUGGCUUGUUGUUUAACACACAAAAAGAAUUUUUAACUAACACAAAAUGGCUGUGUGUUGAUUUGUAUGAGAAUAGAGGAGGGAUGGCUGGAUGGCGAUAUGGGCAGGGCAACAUGGACUAUCUCUCUCUCUGGGGUCCUGGCUAGGGAUUAGUGCGUUAUUCGGUUUCAUCGCACCCUUUUGCCGAAAGUUCAAUUGCAAUCUUGUUGCCAAUGUGUUGUUGCUGCUGUUGUUGUUGUUGUUUUGGCCCAAAAAUAUACUGGUCGGUACGUACAGGACCACACAGGAACAGAAAAACGCAGAUUGUUCUCACUCACCGCCGACGCCGCACUCUCGUUUGCCCCUUCAAGCCUGCACUGUGAGAAAGUGUGGUAGAAGGCAAAGUUUUCUAGGUUUUAGGGUGAUUUUUGUAGAGUCUAAGACUUGAGAUAUGGGUCUCUUAAGAAGCUUGGAUAAUAGAUCAAAAAUAUUUAUAGUUCUAUGAAAAAAGAAAGAAUAAUUUCGAAGAUAAAAUUCAAACCCCACUAAGAUCUAUUAUACUAAAGUUGUUCUAUACAUAUACAACACUUUUUCUUCCCGUGCACAUCCUGCAUAUCCUGCCUGUUGUCCUGCCUUGUGCUCUUUGCUUCGCCUCCUCUGGUUGUAGCUCUUUUUUCAUGCUGUUGUUUUUCGGUGUGCGUUUGGUUUAUUAAUGUUGACCGUCAAUUAUGUUUUAAUUGUCAUAAAAGGUUUGUCCCUUUUGACUCGCCUUCCCUUCACCCCUCCCCCCUGCCAAAAAGCAGGGGAUAAAAAAGGAAGUAGGAUAUCCCCAUUGCAUAUGUAUACGAGUCUGUAUAUAUGUGUGUGUGUGUGUGUGUGUGUGUGUGUGUGAGUGAGUAGAGUGUAUGCAAACAAUAAAAUCCAACUGGGAUAAGCUGCAGCAGAGAGCAAGAGGGAAGAUGUGGCGAGCGGAACAGAAGUUGCUUGUCAACAUGGACAAAGCUGCCUACGUGUGUGUGUGUGUGUGUGUGUGUGUAAGCCAGUUGACAGGUGAAUGUGCGUGUGUGUGAGUGCGAGAUGUUGCUGCUUCGAUUUGGUUUUCCGGUUGUCAGGCAAUUUGCCAACUUACUGCAAAGAUCAGCACAAAGUGUAACCCACACAAAAGAGAGGGCAAAAGUGACACACGCAAUGAAGGGAAAACCAUUGGUGGGGGCAAAGGGGGUGGGUGAGUGAGGUGCACGGGGUUUUCCGGGCAUCUUUGCAACGCUUCUUUUACAACGUUUCAUUAAUUGAAUUGAAUUGCAUCAUGGCAACUGCAUGUGACACUGCAUUCCACUGUGCGGUCGAAAAACAGACCAAGUAACCAUAGUUUAAGAAACUAAGCCGAUUUGACUAGAAAAUUAAACAAAAUUUAAGAACGUAACCCUAGAAAAAACAUAAAGAUGCAAAUGCUGGACAUGAGAUUAAAAACCUGACAGAUUGACGACGUCAGAAACGAGCUACUGAAUUUCCAAUUUUCCACUUUUUUAAAUAUGUAAUAUUUUGUUGUUGUUUUUUUUUUUUAUGUCGUUCAUUUAUUGCCGCCAAUGUUGCGCUGAUGCCAAUUUAUGAAAUUUAUUUUUUGCCUACGUUGUGAUUAUUUAUUCAAAAAGUUGGCCUCGGCCAGCGUCUGGUGGUCGGUCUACAGCCCCGCCCCCCUCCACCCAUCACCAUUUUUACUCUUGCAGAUAUCCAGCAGCUCUGCAGCCAGGACGACCUCGCUCAAUUGUUGUAAUUGCAAUUGUUGUCAGUGUGGGUGGGUAAAUAAAUUAAUAACACAAUUUAUGCAUGACGCACAUUUAUAAUUACAUUUGGAAAUAAUUUAAUUAAAAUUGUUAACGCUUGAUUGAAGUUAAAUCGAAUCGAACAAGACAGGAUGUGAGUGUGAGUGUGAGUGUGUCAGUGGCUGAGAGUGAGCAUGAGAGGACCUUACAAAAAGCGACUUAAUUAAAUUAGCCCAUCAAUAAGGGGACCAACAACAACAACAACAACAACAACCACAUCAUCAUCAUCAGGACAGGACACAUAAUAUAAUAAAAUGCCAACAAACUGACCAAUUGCCAUAUCAGCCAAACGAAAUCAGUCUGCCAACUACUAGCUAGUCCAGCCAGCCCGCCGCAGAGGUUCACAUAUUUUUAGGGGGCAUUUCCGGUAAGGGAAAGUACAAGAACACUAAGCCAAAGUAAAGGACAUUCAUAUAGCCAGGUGGAUAAGUUGUGGGAGAGGAAGGGAAGGCCUGCGGUUGCUCAAAUAAACCGAUCAGCAGUAACGGUAAUUAAAAGCCAACCAAAUGACCAAAUAAGCCACACCAAAAAAAUGGGCUGCUUGCUGAUGGAAAUCUAAGAAAAAUAACGCAGAGAAUUCAAAGUUACGAAGAUGAAGUCGAAGUGAGAGAUACCCUUUAAUAAGUAGGCUACUAAUUUGGUGGAAAAAUAAUACAAAUUAAUGAUAAAAAAUCAAAACAUAAAACAAAAGAUUCUUACUAAGAAAAGAUUUUCAUUAAAAAACAAUCUUAAAAAUCCCCUAAAAUCUUAGUUAAUUUUCUUUAUUAACCAUAAAUUCCAGGGUAUUUCCAGGUUAAACGCUAAUAGCUGAUUGAGAAUUCGAACUGCAAGACCACAAGACACACACACACACACACACACAGAUAUUUAUAGUUAAAGGCAGAUAAGGCAAAAGCACACACACUCGCAUAUGUAAGCAGUAAAUCAACAUGAAAACGCACACAGAGAUACAAACUGUGUGUAAAUAUGUGUUGGUUAUGCCCACAAAUCAAUUAAGUCGAUUGGGCCAACAUUUUCGGGUGGAAACACACACACACACAGGCACUGGCAGAGAAGAAAACGGUAAAGAGUUGUUAAGCGCUCGAAUGACACAUGCAAAAGAGGGGAAAUGUACUCAAAAGAACCGCGAAGUUGAGUUCUGCCACUGCAUUCGGGUCAAAAUGUAAAAAGGGCAAAGGCUAGCGGAAAAAAAAAGAAAUCACAGAAACUGAGCCCGGAAAAGUAGGCAAUACUUUUGGUGGAAAUUAGCAAAAUUCUUCUCUUGAAUAUUUUGUUCAUUUCGAAAAAUCUAAAGCAGUUUUUACUAUAAUAACUAGAUUUCUUUUUUAAGAACCCAAAAAACUAGCGAACUUAACUUCUUUCUUCAAAAAUAACUCAAAACUUAACUAAAAGCUAAUAGUUAUGACAAUCCAAAAAUAUCUAAAAAAAAAAAUAUUCUAAAUACGAGUUCAGAUCCUGAAAAACAGUCAGCCUGUUUGUGGAACAUUUAACGAGUGGAAACACGAUUCCUCAGCCGAAGGACAACGACGAACGAUGCCGCAUGUUGCAUGUUUGACUGCCGGGGAGUAUAAAUACCGGAGACGCACGGCUGUCGGCCAUCAGUUCUCCAGCCGAUUUCCCUUUGGACACGCGACACAACGCGCUGUGGUGCGCUCCUUUCGUUCGUCCUUCGUCCUUGCCUCAAAAAUCUCGCAACGCAAACAAUCAUUUUUUUUUUUUGUUUAUAUUGUUGUUUGUUUUUUUUUUUUCUUGUGCACGUGCAACAAUGUUCACAAAUUGGCUGACAGGCAGCAGCACCAGCAGCAGCAGUGGCGGCGGAACGCCGGCAACGCGUUCGACAUCCGGAAUUGGCGGCUCCGGAAGUGGAGGACCAAGUGGAGUUAGUGCCUCCGCUUUGGUAAUGAGUUCGCCACCGGAUGUGAUCUUAGAAGUGGGUCCAGCACCAAGUAGUGUACGCUUUGUGGCUCACUCUUUGGUGCUGGGCAUGCACAGUGGUUAUCUCCGCUCCGCCAUACGUUUGGAUGAGGCAUCAUCAGCAGCAGCGGCAGCAGUUGCAACUUCAAAUUCCAAUUCAUCAUCAUCGGCAACAACGGCAACGGGCGAACUAUUACUAUAUCUUAGCAAUGUCACAGCCGAUCAGUUUGCACCGCUGCUAACCUAUAUGUACACGGGUUAUCUGGACCUGACCGUCGACAAUAUCUUUGCCGUUUUGCUGGCCACCCACGUAUUGCAUAUGCCAAGGGCUCUGGAAAUCUGCCGUUCCUUUUUGGCCCGAGCUCAAACGGAGGGUUAUUUAAAUGGCAAUCCCGCUCAGCUUUGUCCAGUUCCCAGCAUCCCAGCCAAAGUCAUCCGCCCAAUACCCAGCAAGGCAACUAUGCCGAAUUUUGGUUUUCUACCCAUUCCACAAGCACCACCAAGUGCUGCUCCACCACAACCACAACAACAACCACCACCACAUCCACAUGCACCUGCCGCUCCAGCUUCACUGAGUUCCUUUGGGGCCAACUCUCUGAGCAUGGACAACGAACAGUCCGUCAUUCAGGAUAACGAAGAGGAUGAAGAUGUCGAAGUCUUUAUCGAUAGCAAUACAGUGACGGAUAACGAAGCUGAUCCCGAACCGGAUGUGGACAUGGAUUGCAAUGUUUCGGUGGUGAGUUCUCUGGCCGGAAGCAGUGCCGGCAGUCUGAAUAUCGAACGUUUGGAUGUGAAGCCACCAACUCCAAUACCAACUGUGGUGGCCACCAUCAUCAAUGCGACUCCAAAAUCACAAUCAAAAAGUCAAAACUCCAAAAGAGAAUCAUUGCCGAAGGGUAAUAGUCGAGGUAAAUCCUCUACCGCCCGAUCAAGGAAAUCCACUGGCUUGCAGGUGGCCAAAGCUCCAGUGCCGGCUGCUCAAUUGGAAAUGACUGCCACGCCCAUAACACCCUCGAAAUUUAUCAUUGACGUAGCCAGCUGUGAUGGUCCAGUGAGAUUUCGUAGGAUUCUCAAUACAGCCUAUGGCCAUAAGCCGGAGUCUCUAGAAUCGGGAUCAUUAAUUGGUAACUCAACUGGAGGAUCAUCGGUUGGAGGAUCUUCAUCAGCUAUGGCCGUGGAACAACAUCGCAGUCAACAGAGUGUUAGUUAUUCUUUUCACCAACAGAUGGCCAGGGCCAUUAGCAGCCAGCAGCGACAGUUAAGCCAUCAGCAACAGGAGGAGAGUGAGAAUAGUGGCGAUGCCACGGCAGCCGCUGCAGCAGCAGCAACACCAAUCGGUAAACAACAAUCAACAGGAGGAGCAACUGCAGCAGCAUCAUCAUCAUCAUCAUCGGUAACAGCAGGUAAUAGCAGCAACAGGAAACCUCACGGAGGUGGUUCAUCAACUUCAACUAGCGGUGGUUCCAAUCAAGAACUCUAUGUCUGCGUCUAUUGCAAGCACACAUUCAAAUCCCAGUAUUGCUAUCAAAAGCAUGCCAAACGCCAUUUGAAUCCAUUGAGCUUGACCACAGCGGACAAGAAAUUGCUAACAGAACCGUCAACUUUGUUGGCCAACAAUCUGGAAACGGAUAACCAAUCGAUUGGUGGUCAUCAGAAUGGAACAGCUGGUGGAAUAGCAGCAGCAGCAGGAGGAGGAGGAGGAGGAGGGGGAGCAACAACAGGAGCAACAGGGGCAACAGCAAAUGCAGCAAACUCAGCCUUGCUGCGUCGAGAAGUGCGACCUUUGGACAUGAAUGUUCAAUAUUAUCCCUGCAAAACCUGUGGCAGCAAGUUUCCCAGCUAUUAUUUCGUUCAUAAGCAUCGGAAAAUGUGCCAUGCGGAUGAAAUUGAGGCAACUGCCACGAGCAACAACAACAGCAGCAGCAAUACCAGCACUAGCAGCAACAGCAACAGCAGUACUAGCAACACGAAACGUGAGGCAGCAACAGUAGUAGCCGCAGCAGCAGCAACUGCCGAUGAUCAGCAGGCGGCACAGCAGCAACAGCAAUCCUAAGAUAUUUUAAAGGCAAAAUCAAAGCAACGAAAUCUACGAAUUUAUAUACACCUAAAAAUCACAACAAACACACACCAACACACACGCUAAAAUGUUUUUUUUUUGUCGCUCUAGAAAUGCAAUUUAAAAAUAAAUAAAAAGUAUUUUAAAAAUCACAAAGAUGGAGAGAGAAUGAUGUUUGAAAGUUGAAGUAAAACUUGAAGUUAAGAAAGUGAAAUUUAAUAAGAAUAUUUUGGAGAAAUCAAAAAUAUAUUCAGCUUAAAAAGUCUAAAAGGAAAAGCCAACAAAUGGAAAAACAGUUGGUAAGUAAAACGAGCAAGCAAGCACAGGAAAUGAAGUCUUAGACUGCCUACAUAAAGUUUUAACUUUGAUUUAAGAAUUUUGGCCAUUAAAACAAAGAUGAGAAAUCAAUUUAAAAUAUUUACCAAAAUUUAAGAAGUUUCUUCACAUUUCAUCUUAAAAAUAUUUCAAAUUUUAAGCCCCAGAAAUUCCGCUAAACUUUUCAUAAUAAAUAUUAACAAUUUAAUCCGAUUUCCAUAUAUCACAGAUCUCUUAUCGAAUCCAGCCUGCCGCCCCCCACAACUUGAUCUAUAUUUGUUCCACCCUUUCCUUUUUUUGUAAAUCAAGAAAGAGAAUGCGAGAAAUACGAGUGAAAAGCGUUGGGAAAGCGUGGAUGGAUGGAUGGAUACAAAGGUAAACAGAAUCCUUGCCGCAAUUUAAUAAUUAAAUUAAAUCACUUGCAUAAUAAAAAAGACGUUUACAAAAAAAGACUUUAAUUUAAUUGAGUUUAAUUAACUCGCCAGGGAGAUGACAGCCAACAAGGCCGAGCGAAGCGAAGCGAAGAUGAUGAUGGCAAACUGGAAAGUGGGUGGUGGAUGGUGGAUGGUGGGUGGCAGUCAAGUUGGGUUGCCAUUCGCCGGUGGGCGGUGGUGCACAAACAGUAGAAGAAGAAGUAAAAAAGAAAACCGCAAGCGGCCAAAAAGCGUUGAACUGAGCCACUGGAGAGAGAGGGUGGAACAGUGAACCACCAAUUGAGCCACCUCCUCUGGGCUUUUAUAAGCCAUCGCCCAACCCCACCGUCAACUCUUUUUGGCCCUGGACGACGACUUGGCUUGACUUAAGGCCAUUUAUAGCUUGGUGGCUUUUUUUUUCUUAGUAUUUUCCUUUUUUUUUUUUGAUAAAAUAUUAAUCGAAAGCGCUGGCGGAGAAACAGCGCAAACAGAAGCCCAUGAAAUGGAGAUAGAGAAACGGCAAUUCUGAUUGGAUUUUGGGUGGUGGGUGGUCCUUUGGUGGGCGGAAUAGUUUGAUUAAAAGGACCUACCGACUGCCACAAUGCACCACAAACAUUGCAGUUGUCAAUGGCGGGAAAUGCAUUUUUGAUAAGCUCUCUGCUAAAGGUAAAAGCAACGAAGAAAAAAGGAUAUUUAACAUAGCAAAAGCUUCAACAGGUUAACAGAGGAGCUUUUAGGCUGGCAAGGACAUGCUUUUUGAAAACUUUGUAAAGGAAAAAUUACAACUUUUUAAAGUCCUAAAGCUUUAGAAGUCUAGCUGGGCUAUACUUUGAAGGAAAAGCUGUGUUUAAAGUUCAUGAAAAGGAUAAAAGCUGAUGUAGCUGAGGGACUUCGAAGCUUGAAAGCUAAACAAGUUGGCAAAAUUUGAAAAUUUAUAUGAAAAUAUCAGACAUUAAGGAUCAAUAUCCUUAAAAAUGAUAGAAAGAACAGGUUUAUAAGGGAUAUACUCGUAUCUAUAUCAAAACGUCCUACAAAGUUGAAAGAUUAAUAUUUAAACCAAAUCCCUACCCAUAAUCAUAAUAACAAUUCGAAA